CCCUGGUCCAACUUUCAAUUUAUUGUUGAAUUGACUUUAAUCGCAUCGCGUUGUCGCGUGUGUCGCGUCUUUGACAUCUAUCUUCGCAGCUCUACAUUGUCACCGCGAUACCGAUUGCCUGUGAGAUGGCGCUUCCCUUACCGCCCGGCCUCGUGCCAACCGAGGUGGCUUUCCUCUGUGAAAUGGAAAUGGUGACCAUUAUUCCACGCCAAAGACUCGAGUCAAUCUCACUCCUCAGCGGUCAAAUCCCAACACUGCGGCCACCUCACCGCGCACAGCUACCCCUCUGGCUCGCCCUCCUCCUCAAGAAACAAAGACGCGCAAACAUUGUCCCGCCGUCGUGGCUUCACCCCGCCUCGCUCUCCGAGAUAAUCCACCACGAAAUCAACAUCGACCCGGAAGGCUUCUCCCCACCUCCGCCACCCGUCACGCGAUCCGAUGGCCGGGGUAUGGCGCGACCCUACGGCGACUCAAAACCGGGCGACAUGGUCCUCUCCCCGCCGUUCCUGCCAUCAUGCGCCGCCGACGCACCGUCAAGCUACCUGCCGUACCACUGGCUCGAGCUGUCGGAGACGCUGCUGGCGCACGCGAGUGACGAUAUACACGGCGCAGCCGAGGUGCGGACGCUGCUGCGGGACCUGCAGGAGGUGCGGGCGGCCAAGAUGAGGGGCAGCACGACGCAAUUGGAGGGUGGAGGGGGCGUGGUGGGAUUGAGGGGCGUGGGGGCCAUGGAACUGGCGGAGAGUAGGGGGUUUGUGUUGGGAGUCGUGGAAGGGGUCAGGAAGUUGGGGGCUAGCGCUGAGGCGACGAGGAGGGAAGAGGAGGAGGCGAGGAGUGAAGGCGGUGAGGAGAGUGAUGAGGAUAUGGCGUUUGGCUGAGGAGGGCGUUUGGGGGGAGGGGUGAUGAAUUUACGAAGACAUGACGGUAUUUGAGUCUCGGGACAGGUAUGGUGUGCUGGGUUGCGCCUUUAUGGCGACACUCAUCACGACUUGGAAGGCAAGCAAAUGGUUUAGGUUCGUGACAAUUGAACUUUCCAUUUGGAACAUCAAAACAGGCUUGGGUUAUAUACGUAGGGGUAUCUACUUGUCCUUCAAAUAACCUACCCAACAACAAGAAAUAAGCAGUAAAUAGACAACAGAGCCUACAUACCUACCCGAUACGUAC